AUGCCCAAUGCUUUUGGCAUGCCAUUCAGGACAGAACAAUCAGCUCCAAGAUUCACCGGCGACACUUGUGGAGGUUUCACAUAUUUGCAAACCAUAGACCAACUCAGACAAAAGCUCAAUUUAUUGGACAUUCAGCUCAUUCAGUAUGCUAUUAAGUAUAACCGGUCCACAGAUACAUUACUAUGGGCAGGAUGCCCCGAAGUCAAAGGAACAUCUUGGUUAGACUUUGCUAACGAAAUUUUGUGGUGCUAUCCAGAACAAGGCAUAGAUAAGUGUGUCCGACCUGACCCUCCGAAGUCCGAAAUAUCCGGACCUGAUGAAUCCGAAGAUUAUGAAGUUUGGAUGCUUCAGUCAGAAAGUCACGAAGACACGCCCGUACAAGAACUCAUCACUCCCGAAGUAGAAGUAUCUACAUCUGAAGAUUUUAAUGCAACAUCUGACACCCCAGAGGAAGUCCGAGUCUCUGAAAUUUCGGACUUGACCUUCGGACAAGUUCAGCUACCAUUGGAAUAA